AUGAGUUCAAUUGCCAUAGAGAUCCAACCUAUGAUUGAAAGCAAUCCAGAGAUGCCAAUUCAUGCAAUUCAAAGUCAACUUCUUAGGAAGCAUCAGCUAGAAAUAUCACUACGUAAGGUCUUCAGAGCCAAGAGGAUAACAACUACCAGGAUUUAUGGUGAUUACCAAGAACAGUAUGGUCUGCUAAGGUCGUAUUGUGAUGAACUUCUCAAAGCCAACCCAGGUAGUACAAUUAAAAUUGAUAUGGAGCCAUGUGGGAACCCAGGUAGUCCUACAAGGCAGUUUCGCAGGAUUUAUGUCUGGUUUGCCUCUAUGAUGAGAGGAUUUAAGAUGAUUGGAAGACCGUUGCUGGAUGUCGAUGGUUGUUUAAUGAAAGGUCCAUUUCCUGGACAGAUCUUGAGUGCUGUUGGUAUAGAUGGGAACAAUAGCAUAUAUCUAGUUUGUUAUGCCCUUGUUAAGCCAGAAACAACACAAAGCUGGAAAUGGUUUUUGCAACUGUUGAGAGAUAACCUAGGGUGUAUGGAUGAAUCUUGUUUCACCUUCAUCAGCGACAGACAAAAGGGUCUGAUUCCAACUAUGCUAACUGUUUAUCCUAAUGGUGAGCACAGAUUUUGUUUGAGGCACAUCCAUGAGAACAUGAAAUCCAAGUGGUGUGGAGAUGUUUACAAGAAUUUGCUUUGGUCAGUCGGAAGGAAGACAUCCAUUCCAUAUUUUAACAAAGCUAUGGAAGAAAUUAAGACAACAGAAUGA